GAAGAUGGCGGACGAGGAGGCCGAACAGGACCGCUGUCCUGAGAACGGAAUGACUGAAACGAUACGGGAGCUCAGACAACGGUUACAAGAACUGCAUGAAAUCGUGGUUCGAGAGAGUGAAGAGUCCCCAGUCCAGUCCUCCUCUGACUACUGCCAGGAGCUCUGCAGGACGCUGCUGGAGUACGCAGGCCGUUGGAGGAUAGAGGAAGAGCCUUUACCACUGGUGGAAGUGUACAUAGUCGCCCUGCUGAGUUACGCCCAGGCCUCUCCUUACCUCUCCCUGCAGUGUGAAAAUGUUCCCCAUGUGGUUGAGAGGCUCUCACUGAGUUUUGUAGAGCUUCUGCUCUCGCUGAAGGAGAAUGUUCCAGAUGGCUUAUGGGAAGAUUUCAAGUCAUCGAUCCAGUUUGCCCACAGUAAGCUUCAGGAGAAUGGAAUCACUCAGCUGUCUCUGCUGGCUGCUUUGUGCCAGUACGACGCCGUUUGGUCCGACAGGGUAUUACAAGGUCUUCUGUCCAAUGAGAACAUGCAAGCGGAACAAGUUGAGAAGUUCCUGGCGCAGGAGGGACCGAUCCUGUUGGGGAUGAGAGUGAAGCAGCUGAUGAAGGAAAACAAGCUGGGGAAGGCUGCACUGCUGGCAAAGACAUGCUCCGAGUCCCCUGCCUUCCAAGACAAGGCCCCUUUCAAACAGAUGUACCUCGUCUGCCUCUGUGCUACCUCAGAACAGGAUCAGCUGAUGGAAGAGCUGUCAAAGGUGGACUGCCGCGAUGCUUUAGAGAUGAUCUGCAACCUGGAGUCAGACGGAGAUGAGAGGGCAGCUUUCAGCUUGUGUUCAGCCUUCCUCACCCGACAGCUUCUCCAGGGAGACACAUACUGUGCUUGGGAGCUCACUCUGUUUUGGAGCAAGCUGCUGAAGCGUUUGGAGCCGUCAGAGCAGGCCUUCCUCGACAGAUGCCGCCAGAUGUCCUUACUCUCUAAAACGGUGUACCACAUCCUGUUCCUCAUCAAGGUCAUCCAGUCGGAGAUUGACAGCGUUGGAUUGCACACGUGCGUUGAAAUGUGCAUCAGGGCUCUGCGGAUGGAAGCAAAUGAUGGAAACACCAAAGCUACUGUGUGUAAAACAAUUUCCUGCUUGCUUCCCACUGACCUGGAAGUGAAGCGAGCCUGCCAGCUGACGGAGUUUCUCCUGGAGCCCACAGUGGAUUCUUACUACGCUGUGGAAACUCUCUACAAUGAACCAGAUCAAAAGCUGGACGAGGCGAACAUGCCUGUUCCCAACUCACUGCACUGUGAGCUCCUGCUGGUUUUUAAAACCCAGUGGCCUUUUGACCCGGAGUUCUGGGACUGGAAAACACUGAAGCGUCAUUGUCUAGCACUAAUGGGUGAAGAGGCUUCAAUAGUUUCAUCCAUUGACUUACUGAAUGACACUGAGGACCCCGAAGAAGAGGACGAUAUCCUCAGUCAGGGAGGGUUUAAGGACCCAGAACACUUAGUGAGCGGCACCUAUGAACUGAACGACAUAACAGACAAGAGACAGAAAAAUAGAGAGAUGAAGAAGCUGAGAGAAAAGGGUUUCAUCUCUGCUAGGUUCAGAAACUGGCAGGCGUACAUGCAGUACUGUAUGCUGUGUGACAAAGAGUUUCUGGGCCACAGGAUUGUACGUCACGCACAGACUCAUCUGAGCGGCGGAGUGUACAGCUGCCCAAUAUGUGCUCAAACUUUUACCUCAAAAGACUCAUUGAUCCCUCAUGUAAAAUCCCACGUUAAACAGUCGUGCAAAGAAAGGCUGAGUGCAAUGAAAACAAGCAAGAAGUUAACAAAUCCUAAAACAGCUGCCCCUGUUAUCGCAGCCUUAAAAUCCAAGACUGAAAAUAAAGUUUAUGAAAAUGGUGAUUCACAAGGGCGUAACGGGGGGUUGCCUCAUAACGCUCAGGCCAGAGUUGCUCGUAGUCUGAUGGAGAGUUUUGAGAACAAUGUGUGCCCUGUUGGGAAAUGCAGAAGGAGCUUCAAAUAUUUCAAAAACCUAAUAGCACACGUUAAAGCUCACGGGGACAAUGAGGAAGCCACAAAUUUCCUCGAAAUGCAGAGAAAGAAAGUCGUGUGCCAGUACUGCCGCCGCCAAUUUAUCAACGUCACCCAUCUUAACGAUCAUUUGCAGGUCCACUGCGGUGUAAAGCCUUACAUCUGUAUACAGCUCAACUGCAAGGCCAGUUUCCUGUCCAACACUGAACUCCUCGUACACAGGAAAACACACCCCGUCUUUAAAGCUAGGUGCAUGUUUCCAAAUUGCGGAGUGAUUUUCAACGAGGCCUUCAAACUGUACGACCACGAGGCCCAUCAUUAUAAAACGUUCACCUGUAAAGUUUCAGACUGUGGGAAAGUUUUCCAUACACAAGAGCAGCUUGAUUUGCACCAGGAGAAGCACACCACUCAAGAAGAAAGUCCACCUACCGAACAGACCUCGCCAAAUAUGAAGCCCGGCCCAUCACUCAUCGAACAAAUGCUUUCCAGUCCCACUCCCAUCAAACAAGAGAGUUACCAAGAGAACUGUAACACUGAGAAGGCUGUCAGUCCAGAUCACAGAAGACUGCCAGAAUCCAUUGAGAGUUUGUUGAAUUCGUCACAGUCACCUGUGGAGACGAUGGGUCAGUACAGAGUCAAACAAGAACCAGAAAAUAUGCAUUUCUUUGCUAGUCAGAGCCAGAGUUCAAAUCAUUCUGUCAUUCAGCCCGUCAAUCCCCACCUAUCUGAUUCUUAUAGACACAGAGAUGGUUCACAUGGUCAUUCUUUUGAAUACAUGAGACCACCUCAACAGAGUCAAGCAAUACCUCCAUUUGAAGCUAAUUUAAGUAAUAUAACACAUAACUGUAAUACAAAUGUAGUACAAGGACAGCCACAAAUGUUCUCUAGUAAUGUAAAUACCGGACCUAUGGGUUACCACUCUGACUGCAACUUAACACGGCCAGAACAGCUAGGAACGGUGUGUAGUAGCAACCUGUUCCCAGGGGCACCGCCCCAGAACUCCCUAGAACCAGCAAUGUCACAACCACUUCCCCCAACCGUCAUCCCACAGCCACUCACCGGGAACAGACCGGAGAAUGCAGUGUCCUCCUCAACCAGCACAGGUCCCCCUCCAGGCCAGCGAGAGCGAUUUCACUGCGCCUUGGAAACAUGCACAAGGCACUACAGCUCCCACAAAAGCGUCACCAAGCACAUGAAAGCAGUUCACCCAGAAUUCUACGAGCACUGGAAACUCAACCGAACUAAACUCAUGAUAACGUAUGCCCCAGCGCCGUCAAAACCAUGUGUCGUCAAUCCUAGUUUGAUCACUUCACCUCAGAACCAGCAAGGUAAUGCAGCAGCUCAGAGGAAGAAUGUUAUCUAUUACAACGUACCCUCCCAUCAGUCAGCACCUGCACCCAACCAGAAUGCUUCACUCCUGAUGGAAAACGUUUUAAAUCCCAUUGUUGUCUCUCAGUUAGGAAGUGAUACAAAUCUGAUAAACACACAGUCCCAGGUUGCAGGUGGUCUAAAUUGGCACUCAGCCUCCAGAAGUGAUCAAAUGGAAAACUCUGGCUCUUCCCAAGUCUAUCCAUCGAACAUGCAAGGGAUGCCGCAAAUGGAAUCUAGCGGUGCAGUGCUGCCACUUCCCACCAGUGUCCCAUCAUGCUCUAUGAUGGGAUCCACGAUGAACGGACAGGCACAGUCCAUACAGCCUUCACAUAUGGAAAAUAGGUCCCAGUCAGUUUUGACCUCGUACAUGGAAAGGGAAGCAUCUCAACAAGCAGAAAACCUUCUUCCGCCAUAUACAUCACAGAUGCAAAGCAUGAACGUCCCUGGUCCCCGAGAACCAGAUAAAACACAAACAAUGCAAAAGCAUGUGCAGUCCAGUUAUCAGCAUCAUGACACCAUGUGCCAAAAAAGCAGUAUCGACAAGCGUCAGAACGGCUCGGUCAUCACUGAAAACAAUCCUGAAAUUCAAAAGAGAACCAGCAGAAACAGAAGGACAAAGUGGCCUGCCAUUCUGAGGGAUGGUAAAUUUGUUUGCUGCAGAUGUUUUAGACAAUUUAAUUGUCCCAAAUCCCUCGGAGGCCAUUUGUCUAAGCGUACAAUCUGCAAACCGUACGACGAGUCUGAACUGAACACAGACCUGCCUUCAUCAUUUCUCGAUCUCCUCAAUUCAGAGCAGACAGUAGGCAUCACUCAGCAGCCACAGCUGUCUUAUAAUCCUCCUCCUGCAGUCUAUCAGGAGAAGCCUCAUCAGUCAGUAUCAAGUGGUUCAAUGGCUGCAAAAGAGUACCCCACUCAUAAUUAUCCUCAAGAUAAUUUGCCAGAAUAUGGGAACAGUGAGUCAAAUGAUGACAUUCUUAAACAAAUCAUGGCCGAGUCCAAUAUGGCCGACCUUUUUGUGCCGGCACCUGCUCCCCAGUCAAUGUUUCAGAACCCUAACCCCGGGGUUCCCUAUAGAGCCACUGAGCGUUUGCCAGGGAGCUCCGUAAUACAGCACACAGAAAAUGUCCAGAUAAAGCAAGAGGACAGCUCUUACAGUAUCGCAUGUUACCCUCAUCCGAGCGUUGACACAUAUGGCGGAAGUGAAUUCUCUGAUCCGCUUCUUUCUCAGAUCCUCACAGAAAACCCUUCCGCUACUGCUCAUGACAGCGUUCCUUCAAACCACGGGACUUCUGGUGACAUCCUCGGUGAAGGGUAUCACUCCGAGACGCCCAUUCAGACACCAAAUCCAGAUUUGAACCCAGUGAAACAAACGCUGUUGCCUGAUAGUCAGCUCAGUCCAGCAACGACAAGCGCAAAGCAAGAUGAGACUCAAAGGAAGGCCACUGAGCAACAUGUUAAAAAGAGACUGAGGGAGCAGAUCUUAGCUGGAGACUUUCAACGUAGACACAGCAUAUGUCAUUCAGGCAGCAUGGACACUAACGCCAACGCAAAGAGUCCAAUGUUUUUUGACCCAAUGUGCAGUCCUUCCAAAAAUUAUGGGCUUGAUCAAAUGUCUCAUCAUGUAAAGAGUGAACCAGCUAAUCAAGAACAAGAAAAUUCUUCAAUAGUACCUGGAUCUUUUGGUGAAAUUGAACAACUACUUAAUACACAGAGCUUUACUUCUUUCAGAGAAAUCGCUACAUUAAAGCAGGAGGUACUGAGUCCUAUAGGUACUAUGGCAACUGAUGCGGACCUUGAGCCCACUCAGUUAUCAGCCAGUCAGCUACAGUGGAUGACAGAAAUUGAUAGUGCAUUCAAAAGGCUGGACUUGGUCAGAGAAAUGUCUGGUCAGAUAGCAUCAUCCAUACAAAAAAAAGACAAUAAUAUCAACAGCCAGACGUUAUCAGCAAAGGUUGUUUCACAUAGCAUGCCGACAACAAUGACCUCUAUCAAACCGUUUGUUUGUGAGUAUGAGAACUGUACAUUUAGCUCCAUGGGGAGCGAAGCACUUUGGAAACACCUAACCAAAACUCACGAUUACACACAGGACAUGGUAAAUGUGGUUAAAAAAAGAUAUGGCCAAUAUGCUCCUUUCAAGUGUCAAAAAUGUUGCAAAACGUUCACACGUAACUCAAACCUUCGCACUCACUACCAGUCAGCUCACAAAUUAACAGUUGACGAAAUUGCAGAUCUAGAUACGCAGCGGAGGCUGGCCAAAGCUGCUGCUUCUACUUCUAAAAACCAGUCUGAAGCUCAAACCCCCACAGCUGCUCAUUCAUCAAUAGAGAGAAGAACACAUCUGCAUUCACUCCAGGAUGCAGUAAAACGUGAAUACCCCCCACAGACAUUUAUACCUCAUACUAACAUGGACAUGACUAGUCAGAAAUUUCAAGAAGACAGUCGCUCCACAGUCAUUCAUCCCUUACAAACAACUCCAAUGCCCAACCAAGCAUUGACCCACCAAGGAGAGGCUCAGACCUCCAUGUCAGCCUUUCAGUCAGUACAAGCAGGACCAGUGACCAAACAGUGGUCACAUGGACACCAAAGAAAUUUGCCCGAGCUUUCCACUCAAUACGCAAGUGAUCAUCAAGUAAGAGCCCAUUUGUCACCGCCUCCCAGCCAGGCUUUCCCCAUCCCCUCCGGUGCUAAUACACCUCAAUCUCCAGACAAACCACCAAUGAUCAACAGGCAGCCUAUAGUUAAGACAAAAGAGAAGAAGUCCAACUCAGGUAAUUCCAUGAGUCCAUACAGACCAUAUCGCUGUGUUCAUCAAGGCUGUGUGGCAGCCUUCACCAUCCAGCAAAAUCUGAUCCUCCACUACAGGGCUGUUCACCAGUCGGCCCUGUCAGCACUGGAGGUGAACAAAGAGCAGGACCACAGCGAUGGACUGGACGAAGACAUGGACCAAGAGGACGAGGAACCAGACGCAGAGUUGCCCCAAAUUUCUGAAUUCAGAUGCCAAGUCAAAGACUGCUCCCGAGUUUUCCAAGAGGUUCCCAACCUUUUGCAGCAUUAUCUUCAGCUCCAUGAAUUCAGUCUGGAAAACGUUGGCAAGCUCUUGUCUUGCAUCACACUCGGCAAGUUUGCCUGCAGCCACCAAGGAUGCACAUCGACCUUCACUGCCUUCUGGAAGUAUAUUGGUCACGUCAGAGAAUGGCAUAAAGAAAUAAAGCUGGGCAAACCCGAACAAUUAAAUGGCUCGUUCAAGUGUGAAAUUGAAGGUUGUGACCGUUCAUACGCCACAAAGUCAAACCUGCUCCGACAUGCCAUGAAAAAGCAUCAGGAGCUUUACGAGCCUAAGCUCAACAAUCAACUGAUAAAAGAAGAAGGGAAAGAGCAGAUGAAGCAGAUGAAAGAGGACGGGAUGAAACAGAAUUCUAACACUUUGCAUUACCAAAUCACCAAGACGAGUAAUGGGAAGGAAAACAUUGAGAGCAAUAAAAAGAUCCUACAGAGGGCAAAGUACACAAAAAGAGUCAGUAAGGCAAAACACAAUCACUGGACUAAAUAUGGAAAACCAUCGUUGAAAUCUAAAGUAGAAGCAUCUUCCAUGUGUACUAAAAGUUUCCCUCUACAAUACCCCUGUAUGAUCAAAGGUUGCGAGUCAGUCAUGAAAUCAGAGCGAAGCAUUUUAAAACAUUACAUGGGACACGGACUUGCAGAGAAGUACCUGGAACAGCAGAGGAGUCACUUUAUAUUCUGUAAAAAAGUCCCCAGGCAGAAGUACCGCUCCAUCAGGAGCGAAGAUUCCAAAUCGGACAAUGCCUCAGACCUGUCGGACACCGAGCUCCCAGCAGACACCGUCAUGGAAGGAGGCGAAUAUGGAUACUCAAAACCUGUCCUACGCAAAAGGAGCUCGUCAGGGGGGAUUCCUGCUGCUUUGUUUGACAGCAAACUAUUAAAUGACGAAAGCUCUGACGGCUCUGUGGUGCUCAAACGCAAACGAGGGCGGCCACGAAAACUGAUACCCAAUAUUGUAAAACGUAAGAAAAUCCCACGCACGACCAAGGUAGACGUAGUUUACAGCAAGGACUACGAAUCAGACACCUCCUGCCCUGCGGUGCUGCAGGACGACGGGACUAAACAGACUCCUCCUCUGGCCUCGUUUAAACCCAUGGGAUUUGAAAUGUCUUUCCUAAAAUUCCUGGAACAGUCCAAUAAAUCCGAUCAUCCCCCGGCGAAGAAGGUUGACAUGGCAGAGAUGUGGAGAAAAACAGCCAGUGUGAACAUCAGAGACACAUGUGUCAGGUUCAGCAACCGUCAGAAUCUGAAAUCCCUCAGUAAGGUCAAAAUAAUAAUAGACAAAGCCUUUUCAGGUGUUACUGACGUCAUGUUGAAGCAGCUGCAGGAUAAGCAUCCUACAGUGGUGUUGGAAAAAAAUGACUAACUUCUCUUUUAUUGUUUUUUUGUUUUUUUUGUAAGCAGAAUCUCAGGACUAGAAUAAGUCAAAUCUGCUGCAGACUGGUGCCCUAAAAAAUGUUUUUUACACAUCCAGUUAUUAAAAAAAAAAACAGCUGUUUUGAAAUAUACUGUAAUAAUAUCUGUAAGAUUUGUGCUUUUUUUUAAUAGAAGUGUAUAGCAUGUUUUUAUUUAUGGACUACAGUCACAACUUUUAUGAAAAAUGUUGUGAAAAUUGAAAUGUGACAUCAGCUACUGGUGUCUUAAUUAUCCCUGUGGGACUUGCAGACAAAUGGACUUUGAAAUGGAUUGUGUUGUGCGUAGUUUGUGAUUUGAAGAUGUUGAUUAUUGUGCGUUGUGUAUAUAGUUUAAAAUCACCCACUGCCACCAGCAGUCUUACUAUUAUUGAAUAAACAAUUUUUUACAACCA